CAGAGAUAUGAAGACUUUAAAACAGCCCUCUGUUCUGACCAGAGCAUCUUCUUCUGGAGGAAAACCGUCUCAGCAGCGUGAUGAAGACUUGUGUGGUCCUCGCUCUCUUCCUGAUGGCAGGUGUGUCUCUUGGAGACAUCCAGAAGAGAGUCAAUAAUGGAAGGCCAUGCACCGCUGAUGAAACCAAAUCUUUUGUUUUCAUUAACGACUGUUCUGGUACCGUCAUUGACGGGAACUGGGUUAUCACUGCAAAACACUGCAAGGGUAGAAAAAAGCUCAGCAAGAAAUACGACAUUAAGGACGUCAACUUAAAUCUAAAAGUCACCUCGGAGGAAACUUUUAAACACGGGACUGCUGACGUCAUGCUGAUCAAAGGGAAGACCGGCAUGACUGGUAUGCCCUUGGUGACUGAAGCUGACUGCAACCAAGUCAUGAAACAAAUAAACACAAGCCCUGUAUCGAUGGUCGUUCCUGCUAAGGACACACAGGCUAAGACAACUACUGGGACAGUUGCUUCCAUGUGUGCCGACAUCAAGGUGGACAGAUCAGCCUUUCAUAUUAGAACCAACGUAAAUCGCGUGUACUGGAGUCCUGGUGCCUGCCAUGUCUGUCAUGGGGAUUCUGGUGCUGGAGUUAUUUAUAAUAAGGCUCUGUUUGCUGUUCUUCGUGGAGAAAAGGGCUCAGAGCAUUUUGGAUGCAUCGUCUGUAAUGGAAACAUACGUAAUUGGAUUGUUAAUACUAUGAAUAAUAAUCCUUAAAAGUGUAGUUGUGUGAUCCUUGUUUGUGAGCAACAAUAAAGAGACGUCAUGUCUCCU